GUGGGAAAUAACUGGUUGAGCAGGCCAGUGUUCGCCCUUAGCGCCAGCAUUGUCGUAAUAUUAAAUACAAAUGAUCAUUUAUUGAUUUCUAUGUGUGUAGCAAUUGGUUUUCACACAGUUUAUAUUUUUUCUAUAAAAUUGGGAAUUAUUGAUCAGUGGCUGGCGGUUUUCCUCACUGUGGUUAUUGGUCUUAACAACAUAACUUGAAUGCAGCAUGUGCAACAGCUCUUAACUUUUUAAAGAAAACGUUGAUUUUAAACAGACUCGUGUGUUCAAUCGAGGUUCUAACAAUAAAGAUUAAAUCUGUUACAUACAUUUACAUAGCAUAGGAAACAUAUUUAACUGAGUAACAUAAAGAAAUACUGUUUGAAUGAUUCAUAUUUUCUACGAACGAAAAAAAACUACACUACCCUUUGACAUUUUCAGCUUCUUGUUUUAAACUACAGUACCCAUACUUCUCUCCGGGCAACACACGGGGAAGAUAGUAUAAACGCCGGUUAAUACGUUGAAACAAAGGUGAAGGUGUGGUCACAGGAGCAAACACCACAGAGAAAAUUGCAGAGAUCGUAUUCUCUGAACUAGCACAUACUGUAAUCAAACCAGGUGCGUGACCAUGGCAUCAGAGGGAUCGCAGGUGUCUUUAGAUUCACCCGAGAAACACAUGGAUCAGGGGACCCACCUGGCAGACACACCCACUCCUGAGGCAGGAGACCUAGGUGAAGACUCUUUAAAAACCACUGCAGUCACAGAAUCGGCAGAAGGGGAACAGGAUGGAGUGAAAGUGUGCCAGUUUUUCCUGAAGGGAAAGUGUCAUUUUGGACAACGAUGUCGCCUGUCUCAUAGUGAUCCAUCACCAGAUGAUUCAGGGGAAGUGUCUCCUGAUCAGGAUGACACAGUGGAUGGAAAAAAGAUGGAACAACAACACAAGAAGAAAGGCAAAGGGAACAAAGCACAAAAGCAAGAAUACAAUCAUGGAAAAGAGGUGAACAAAAAGCCUCGCAUGAGAACAGCAGAUGACGUUAUCUCCCGUAUCCAGUGGGACCCGACAGUGGAUGCAUCAGAAUUUGUAGUGGGUUAUUUGGACCGCUUCCUUGGUGUAGUGGAGCGUCCCUUCUGUGAAUUCAACUGGGACACCAACCCCUGUGACUGUGAUUACUCAUCUGAACUGGCCCUGCCCAGACACAGGAUCCAGUACUUCACCUACAGAGGGCACCGCAUCUGGGACCGCCACACCAGAACUGACAGGGUGUUUGGUUCCACUGGUCAAUCUCUGGCUCCCCCCUUUGGAAAGGAGGAGGAAGUAAAGGAAGUCCAGGAGACACAACAAGACUGCCUUAAAACAACAGAGGAGCAGCCACCUGCUGGUAGUGGGAAGGAGGAAUGUGACACUGGGGAGUGUACUCCUACGGAGAAUACACAUCUGGAGGAAGAGAAGCAGAAUGAGAUGAAUAUUCAAAGCCCUGACUCAACACAAGCGGCUCUGAAGUGUGGCGGAAACACUUCUGAGGAACAGCAGGAAUCUCAGGGAACAUGUGUUGUGAUGGAGGCUGCAAAUAGCCUCAAGACUUCAGAGGAAAUGCCUCCCUCCCAAAAAGGAGAAGUGAGUCUAAAGGAAGAGUGGGAGGAAGAAACUUUGGAAGAAUGUCAAGAAAGCAGAGAAGUCAACGGAGAUGCUUCAAGCGUUCUCAGAGCCUUAGACAAUCGCCAGGAGCCAUCAGCACCUCUGGAGCAGAGAGAAGAGAAACAUGGUGGUCGCCCUCCAAAAAAAAGACCCACUCACUUCAUCACGUUCAGGGCCAACACUCCCGCUGUCCUCUCCUGUUUCCAGCAGCUCCAGGAUGAACUCACCUCCCUUUUGCCCUCCUCUGCCUCUCACUGGCACACUGCCUCCAGCCUUCAUGUCACCCUGUGCCUCCUGGUGCUGCAUGGCCCAGCUGAGGUGGCCACUGCUGUGGAGAUCCUGCGACAGUUUGCCCAUUUCGAUCGCAACCCUCCAGUGGCUGUGACCUUUCCAGUGAAGCUGAAGCAUUUCAAUGGCAAGGUGCUGUACCUGAGCCCCCAGCCUCAACUACAACUCCAGCAGCUCAACAAUGGCCUGCAGGAAGCCUACAGGAAGGAGGGCUUACUCCACAGGGACUCCUACAACCCACGCUACCACCUCACUCUGGCCAAGGUAGAGGACAAGGAGGGAGAGAGGAUUUUUUAUGGGGUGGGUGACAUGAAGGUUGGGAAGGGUUUAAACUUGGGCCGCCUGCCGAUCAACACCUUACAUCUUUGUGCUAUGGGCAGUCCUCGUGUCGAUGGUUUUUAUGAGCGGGUGUGCACAGUACAGCUCAGAUAAUAGCAGAGCAGUGAGCCCUUUCACAUCCACACACUACAAACAUCUUUAUUAUUACAUGACAUGCGAUGUGCAAUAUCACAGUGCUGCAUUUGGACGGGAGUGUAGCGUUAUGCAGUAUUCCCAAACAAAUCUAAUGUUUAUAUUCAAAUUCUUUAGGUUAGUUAUCGAUCAAAAGACCCUGUUCAGACUUGAUAUUAACACCCAUACAGGUCUGAACACUCGUGUGUGAUCAGAUCAGUGAGGAUGGGUUUUUAUACCAGGUCUGAAUGGAGCCUUAAAGGGCCUAAUUGGGUGUAAAGUCAUCCUUGAUGCAGAGCUCACCUCUCUGUGUUCAAUUAUAAUAAACAUCACAUGUUGUAUUUUUCUAAACCUUCAUAUUUAAGAGGAAACACAUGGUUUUAAUCUGUACUGGUGCAAAGAGUCAAAAGUCUAGUGUAGGGGUGUCAAAUGUACGGCCCACAGGCCAGAGCUGACCAACCACUGGGUCCAAUCCGUCCCCCAGGAUGAAUUUGUGAAAAUUUCACAUUCUGAUUAGAAUCUAAACAUAAUGUGAAAUAUUUAAUUUUGCACUUACCAAUAAAUAUAAAUAAACUUAGGCGUAAUACUGUUGAAAUUGCACUUAUUUUUCUCAAGAAAUUUCAGGUUGAUCAUAUUAUGUUUUGUAAAAAGAUACUUAAUUCAAUGUAAAAUAAAGGGAAACAUUUUGAGUGCUAAUAGGUUAUUACAGUAUGCUAUUAUUAGAUUGAUCCGGCCCACUUGAGAUCAAAUUGUGCUGUAUGUGGCCGCUGAACUAAAAUGAGUGUGACACAUCUGGUCUAGUGUGUAAGAAUUAGUGAGAUCUAAUGGAGCUAAUGGACUGCAGAUUGUAACAAACAGAGGAAUCCUCUGCUCACCGCUCUCUUUCCCAUGCACGUCAGUGAACUACUGUGGCCCUCACCUACCAGAACAGAUGCCAUUAUUUAUUUGCAUAGUGAGCGUCAAACUUCAAAGUAUAAAAUGCUCGUCUUGGCUGAUUUGUCUAUUCGGGCUACUGUAGAAACAUGGUGGUGCACCACAAAGCUUAUUCUAAGGCUCUGAAAAUCAAACAAUUUUACAUUUAUACAAACUUACUUGUUAUUAGAUUUCUGCCAAUUAACCCUCAUAUAUGUUACACACUGUACAUUUGAGGAUGUCUCUUUUUACAAUACCUAUUUCUUUAAUAUGCAAACACAGGAGAUUUUUCACCCAUAAAUCUCUCCACUGUUUCACUACGACACAGACUGGACAUAUGUACCUGCCAUGAAUUUUAUGUUUUUACUUAAAAACCAUGAAUUGAACUAAAUUUUUCCCUGCAGCUCAUAAUUGUACAAAUUAAAUUAUGAUGACUUGUAAUCGGCCGCUGAUGAAGGACAUUAAAUAUUGAAUUGGUCAUUUAAAA